AUGCGCUUGAUCGUCCUACAGGUCCUAGCACUGGCGGCCUCGGUCAAGGCUGUUGGUAUCGCUGUCGUUUCGAACAAUUCACCAGAGCCUAUCUACGUCUGGUCUGUCGGCGGCUCAGUCGGUCCCCGUCAUGAUAUCAAGGCUGGCGGUAUCUACUGGGAACAAAUGCGCCGCGAUGAGAAGUCUGGCGGUAUUGCGAUUAAGAUAACAAAAACCGCGGAUGGUCUAUACACCGGCGCCCCUCAGCAAGUAUGGGCAUACAAUCUGGAUGGUGCCUCGGUUUGGUACGACCUCAGUACUGUCUUCGGGGAACCGUUCGCCGGUAGCCGUUUAGAUGUCGCUGGAGAUAAUGGUGGUGUCAUUGUCUGGCCGAAUGGGACCCAUCCAGGAGGUAGCCAGGUUGCAAUGGCCCCGAGCGAGGGAAACAUCUUUUUGUCUAUCGAUGCUGCUGCUUGA